AUGCGUGCCACAGGGACUACUAAAGAUGCAGCAGAAGAAUCUGUAUCAGAUGAUGACAAAAGGAGGAACUAUGGGGGUGUGUAUGUUGGUCUGCCAUCGGAUGCAGCUGCCAUGGUUUCCAGUCAGACGAAAACUGCAUCAAAAGAUUUAAUACAACAAAAUGCUGCUGUCACUUAUGUACACCACAGAGCUAAGUCACUGACUGGAGCUUCCAAAAUGUGCUGCAAAACAAAAAAUGAAGAAAAAUAACAGUGUUUGUCAUAAUAAUAGCAGCUGUCUUUGGAACAGUAGUACCUCUGUUGCAUGCUUUGUUUAACUGUGUUCUAAAUGAGUGAUAUGUUACAAUGUUUUAACCUUCUUUACCUUUUGUUUUCCA